AUGUCCGAACCGCGGCAGCCCAAAUGCUCCCGGUGCCGGCACCACGGCUUCAUCAUCCGGAAGAAGGGCCACAGCAGGUGCUGCCCGUUCUCCGGCUGUGAGUGCUGGAAGUGCGGCCUGAUCACCCGGCGGACCCAGGUCAAUGCGCUCCAGCGGAACCUGAGCAGAACCCGAGAUCGGCCCCGGAACCCGAAGCCGCGGGCCGGUCGCAGGGCGGCGGGAGACCCCGCUGCUGCCGCCGGGACCCGGGACCCGGACGGUUUGGGUCCAGAUGUCCGGAACCAGCGGCCGGAACCGCGAGGAGAGCCCGGUUCCGGUCCGGACGGCAGAGAUGUUCCGACCUGUCUUCCUCCUCCUCCUCUUCCUCAGCUCCUCUCCCCCCUCUCUUCCCGCUCCUCCUUGGCUCCGCCCCCUGACCUCCUGCUCCACCUGCCGUUCCUACCUGCGCUCCCCUCCGGCCUGUAUGACGACCUCUGCAGGCCGCUGAUGAUCCCGCACUUCCUGUCAUACCCCGCCCCGCCAGCAGAGGACUGCAGGCUGGUCUUCCUCCCGCUCCACCCUGCUCCUGAAGCGCCCCCUGCAGGCUGUGGGUCCAGCAGCAGAGCCUGAAGGAUCGGCGGCUUCUGUCCGUCACUUCCUGUUCCUGUUCCAGUUCAAACUUCUUGUUGUCGCUGUUUGGUUCAGAGGGGGUUAAACUGAAAGUUUGUUACCUUAAAUAAAAUGCAGAGCUGUGGCUCAUGACCAGGA